UAAAACAGAAGCUCCACCAGAUAAAGAAACCAAUUUACACUACACAGCGGUACCAUCUCUCUCUCUCUCUCUCUCUCUGAUCGAUUCACCGAUCAAUCAAAAUCGAAAUCAAUGGCGGGAGUGUCAUUGAAGUGCGGGGACUGUGGGGCCCUAUUGAAAUCCGUCCAAGAGGCACAAGAUCACGCCGAGCUGACUUCUCAUUCCAAUUUCUCUGAAUCCACUGAAGCCGUCCUCAAUCUCGUCUGCACUACUUGCGGCAAACCCUGCCGAUCCAAAACAGAAAGUGAUUUGCAUACGAAGAGAACUGGCCAUACUGAGUUUGCGGAUAAGACUGCUGAGGUGACAAAACCGAUAAGCUUAGAGGUUCCGAAGGCAGCAGCAAUGGAUAUCGAUGAGCCUGCUGCUGCUGAUGCAAGCACUACUAGCCAGCCUGAAGAAAUGGUUGCUCCAGAGGUUGACAAAAAAAUUCUUGAUGAACUGGAAGCAAUGGGUUUCCCAACAGCGAGGGCAACGAGGGCACUUCAUUAUUCUGGUAAUGCCAGUCUUGAGGCUGCUGUAAAUUGGGUAGUUGAGCAUGAGAAUGACCCAGACAUAGAUGAAAUGCCCAUGGUAUCUAUCAACUCCAAAGUUGAGGCUCCUAAACCUUCUUUGACACCAGAAGAAAUGAAGCAAAAAGCACAAGAACUAAGGGAACGUGCACGCAAGAAGAAAGAGGAGGAAGAGAAGAAAACAGAAAGAGAAAAGGAAAAGGAGAGGAUUCGAAUUGGCAAGGAACUCCUUGAAGCAAAGCGAAUUGAAGAACAAAAUGAAAGAAAGCGAUUGAUGGCCUUGCGGAAGGCAGAGAAAGAGGAAGAGAAGAGGGCUAGGGAAAAAAUUCGUCAGAAAGUGGAAGAAGACAAGGCAGAAAGAAGAAGGAAGUUAGGAUUGCCACCAGAAGAUCCUGCAACUGUAAAACCUUCUGCACCUGUGGUGGAGGAGAAAAAGAGCAUGCUGCCUGUUAGGCCUGCCACUAAGCAAGAACAAUUGAGAGAAUGCUUGCGAUCUCUUAAGCAGAGUCACAAGGAUGAUGAUGCUAAAGUGAAGAGAGCGUUUCAGACUCUCCUAACUUACAUAGGGAAUGUUGCCAAAAACCCCAGUGAAGAAAAGUUCAGAAAAAUAAGACUCAAUAAUCAAACCUUCCAGGAUAGAGUCGGUUCACUCCAAGGAGGCAUUGGAUUUCUUGAGCUGUGUGGGUUUGAGAAAAUUGAAGGCGAUGAAUUCCUUUUUCUUGCCAGGGAUAAGGUGGACAUGGCAGUGCUGAACUCAGCUGGGUCUGAGCUGACCUCUGCAAUAAAUAAUCCAUUCUUUGGAGUCCUUUAAAUUGGAAUGAGUUAAUGAUUUUUGUUGUUAUAAAUAACUAAUUGUUCCAUACUUUUACUGUUACUUUUCCUUUUAUUUUCUGAAAAAAGAAAUUAUGCUGUUGUGGAUUAA